GGCCACAUGUAGACAAAACCAGCACUCCCCCAACUUAAUCUCCCUCUCCCUAUCUCUCUCUGCCUGUUCGCCUCACCCUCCCUCCACACACACUCAGACGCACACAAACAGAGGAGGUGAAAGCCGGAGUGCAGAGCUGCAGCGGAAUGAAGGGGCUAUUCUGCCGGCGUGGGCUCCGUCUCUGAGGUGUGCGGAGUUCAGCCACAGUGCGUGUGUGCCUCCCCGUGUGUGAAUGUGUGCAUGCAUGCGGGAGCGACUGAGUGAAAGCGAAGCCCUGGCUGACAACGUGCGGAUAAAGGGAAGGGAAUUAGAGGUGAUCGGAUAAAGAGGGAGAGAAACAGACGGGGAGUGCUGACUGUUUGCAGCUUAGAGGAACCUAACAUCACUGGAUCAGAGGACGCAGAUGUGCAACAACUACUCCCAACUACUGCCGCCGGUUCUCAACCUCCCCGCACAUCGUCUUAACUUCGGCAAUGGCAUAGCCUUCUCUCUCAAAACGGCUUUAAUCCUCUAGGAAAACGGGCAUGCAUUGGCACAAUCAGGGAUCAAGGCUAUCAUAUCCUUUACGUCAGCAUUUCAUGGUCUGAGGAAACAUGGUGAGCAAGGAGGGUGGCAACUGCAUGCUCACCAACUCAGAGUCUGACUCAGAGACAACGCCCUUGCCCUCCACCUCCCUGGCACUGGAGGUGAAGUAUUCCCUGGAAGCACGGCAGCAGGUGAGGAAGAGAAACAAAGCCCUGCAAGUGCGCUUCAAGGACAUCUGUGAAGCACAGAACGAGCAAAGGGAAGCCGAGCUGCAGGCAGCGGGAAAGGGCUGCAAGCCGAUGUCAUACAAAGUGGCGUACCGCAAGUACAUGACCGUCCCCGCCCGCAGGUCCAUUCCAAAUGUCACAAGGAGCACAGGCGUCCAGACGUCCCCCGAUCUAAAGAAACACUAUCAGACCUUUCCCUUUGAACGCAAAAAAGGCCACACGUUUAAACACGUGGCGGCUGUGGAAACCUAUAAAGGUCAGAAUAACAGUUUUGUCACAGAGGUGAAGCCGCCCAAAGCAGCUGAGCAGGAUUUAGAUGAGGAGGAGGGAGCUUGCGGGGGGAAUGGAGUGCUGAGGACCAGGGCUCUGCUCCAUACAAAUGAGAGUAUAGCAACAGUGGAGCAGCACACUGCACCUGAUGGCCUGUGCUCUGAUGCUCUGCUGCUGGCUUGCACUGCAGACGCAGAUUGCCUCGCAGACGCAGGGAGGGGAGGCAGAAUGGGGGUGCAAGCAGAGUACCAGCUCUGCAGCAUCCCAUGCAAAGCGGAAACUGGAUUACAACACAGGGAGCCCCACGCCGACCACUCGGUCAAGAGGCAGCUGCUACAUCUGGAGAAGGGCUCGUCCCAAACCCUGCCGGACAGGGCUUCCAGGGUUAGUGGCCCCAUUGCCUGGAACUCCCUCACACAGGUGGAAUGCCUGGAUAGCCCAUCUGCACGGAGCAAACGGAAGAAGGGCCUGCAGCUCAACGGGUUGUCGGGAGAGACGCUACCACGAUCCAGCAGAAGCUGUACGACACAGGCGCAGUGCCAUACGGGACAGAUUUCGUCCCGGCCUUUACGGGGCAUGGAGGACUCCCUGUCGCCGUGCACAGGUGGAGCAGCUGACAGGCCACCACCUGACCAAACACUAGACACCUGUAAGCAAAUAGUGCCUAUAAAUCAGGACGGGGAUGUGAAAGCACAGCUUCAGGCUAUGGAAAAUCUCAUCAGCUCCAGCCAAGAGACCAUCAAGGUGCUGCUUGGGGUGAUCCAAGAACUGGAGAAGGGAGAAGCCCACAGAGAAGGACUCUCCUAUCGAACCGGACAGGACACGGCCAACUGUGACACAUGCCGGAACAGCGCAUGCAUUAUUUACAGUGUGGAACUGGAUUUUAAGCUGCAAGAGGACAAGUUACAACCCCUGAUGAAAAGGCUUUGCCCAACAACAGAUGUCCACUUUGCCCCCCUGCCUUACCCCCAGGAGGCCUUCACCUCCACUCCAAAGCGCAAGUCAAAAAGUGACUCCAAGAAGCAUGCUCGCUGGAAACUUUGGUUCUUGUGAGAACCCACUUCGAGAGGACAGCGAAGGAUUCAACGUCUGUUUGGACAUCCAAGAUUGUCUGGCUUCUCCGCAGUCUUAGUCUUAUCAAACCCGUCUGGAUCUUACAGAUUUGGAAAACACUCUUCAGCUCGAAACAUGGAUACAAAGAUAGAAGGGUGAUGUUUGGGAGUUCCUCUAUGCUGGAAACUUCCAAAUGUCACUAAAACCAAAAAUGAAGUCAUAUCUUUUUUAAACAAGG